UAGGUAGGAAAAUAAAUGAUUAUUGAUUUAAAAGAUGAACUGCAUCUCCCUCCAUUGCACCUGUGUUUGACAUGUUUACCAAAUCCAAAAGGAGACCAUUCAAGCUUUACAAAUGACCACUCCCCCACAACAGAGCAGCACAUUCAUGUCCUCCCCAUCUCGCAACAGCCUGGAGGAGAGAGAGCGCAACUACACCCCUGCCUCCUCCUAACAGCGUUGGUCGCCAUCCAUCCCCUCUCCUCCUGUACCAUAACAGAUGGUGGGAACAACAUUGCAUCCACCGGGUACCACAACAAUAGACAGCACCAUCCAGUCCAGACAACACUGGCCUUGCACCAUCAUGCUCCUAGUGCAGGACUGCGCGAGGCUUUGAGUGCCGUCGUGAUUCAUUUCACGCGGUACCACCACCACCACCACGGCCACGGAGGAACCUUCUUGCGACUGUUUGGGCUCUCCAUCGAGCGGGGGAAGAUGGCCGCUAUGAAAAUAUUAACAGGCACAGGGCUCUUCUUGGCGUUCUGUGCGCUGGGGCUGCUCGCCAUGGCGAUUUGCACCGAUUAUUGGUACGAGACCGACGCGCGAAGACAUCGAGAGAGGUGUAAAAACUAUGCCAACAAGCGAAAUGACCCAGGAUACAUCUACAUUUCAAACCACAACCUUCCCCUCCAGAUGCCUCCAAAGAGCCUGGAGAGGAAAGGUAACGGUCCAGAUGCUGCUGCUCUCAUCAGGGGGAAGCGGCACUUUCUAGCCGCGGCGUCUGCCAUGGAGUCUCACUGCAGUCGGCAGUUUAACUCCACCAUCUCCGGGCUUUGGAGGAAGUGUCACCGGGAGGGCUUCGACCUGGAGACCGAGGACCUUAUUUACAAAGGAAUAAUUCAAAGAUGUACCCCGGUCAAGUAUCACUACUCUUCGUCCGUCCUACCACGAAAUUUACCCAUCAACAUCACAAAGACCAUACGACAGGAUGAGUGGCAUGCACUCCAUCUAAGAAGGAUGACGGCUGGCUUUGUUGGCAUGGCCGUGUCCAUCAUUCUUUUUGGCUGGAUCAUCGGAGUGCUGGGAUGCUGCCAGCAGCAUGACCUCAUGCAAUAUGUAGCUGGGCUACUCUUUCUCAUGGGAGGAACAUGCUGCAUCAUCUCCUUGUGCACAUGUGUGGCAGGAAUCAACUUUGAGUUAUCCCGCUACCCCCGCUACAUGUACGGCCUCCCUGAGGACAUUAGCCAUGGCUAUGGCUGGUCCAUGUUUUGUGCCUGGGGGGGGCUCGGUCUCACAUUGCUGGCAGGCUUUCUCUGCACCUUGGCCCCCUCCCUGAGCACACCCGCUCGCACAACGACCCACAAGCCGAGGCAGGAGAAUGGAACCGUGUGACAGAGGCGUAGUGAAGCGACCGACCCACCGAACGCACAAACCACACCCUUCCAACCUUGAUGUUUAACUCUGAAACAGUUUUUGUCUGAUCACCAUCUCACACCACCCUUGACAUCGCCAUCCCCCUUCAGUGUUCAGUGUGCCUGAGAAGGAGCAAAGUAACGACAAACUUCACACACCUAAUCUCGAAAAUACCUGAGGGACCUACAGGAACACCAAGAGUAACACCUAAAGUAACGUAUGGCUGGGGCAAGGCGCUCAUAGCACAAAUAAGAAUUUUUUUUGGUUCAGAUGUUUGACAUGCUGACUUUAUGGCAAUUUUAAGGUGACUGUUUUCUCUGAAGAGAAUUUGUCUUAAAAUGGUGCUCUCUUGAAUACAUAAAGCCACAUACACUCCCACACAGCACACACACACCAGCACAUGCUUUUCCACACACGCUCAAUUACUCCGGAUGAAUCAUGGGAGAAAUCCUCCAAAAGGAUCAAACACACAAACAUCAGGCCAGAGCAUCCUGUCAGCAUUCCUCUUUCAGUCGAGUGAUGUGUGCUGUGUGCUGUGUUAUUGUUCGUAAUGAAAAAACAAAAAAAUAUUCUGCCGUUGACUGCCCAUUGCUUAUCUUUAGUGUAGCACACUAACUGAUAUCAAACAUGAGCCCCGGGGGUAACGUCUGCAGCCUCUGCAGAGCACAAAAUGCAUCUAGCAGCGUGGUCAGUACGAUGAAAUACACAGAAGUAAAUCUGCAUUGAAAAGCACAUUGUUUGCUUCUUUAAAGAUUCUAUAUGUACAAAUGCAUCUCUAUGUAGAUCCAGAUCAUUGUUUGUGUAAAGUAGAUUUUGAAUAAGAAUGAUUGUUUUCUGUUUGUUUAGAAGUAAUGAUGGCUGACAGUAUUGUUAGGAUAAAGAGUUACAGGAUGGUGCUAGGAGCAUGAAUCCAUUGUUGGAUUCAGCAACAUAAAGGUAUUUUGUGGCACCAAACUGACAGACCCAACCCGGUUGUUUGCUGACAGCUGAAUCAUAAUCUGACAUGAGAAAAAAUAAAAAAAAUAAAACUGUGUAGGAAGUAUUUGAUUUCUCCAUUGUUUACCCUUAAUAUUGGUCAGCCUUUUUGUGUAAUACUCUGAAUACAAGCAAGUUAAGCAAUUUUUGAAAAAAAAAUACUACUUUAGUGAUCCUACUAAAAACGAAAGCACAAGCUGCAUUCCAAAUCCUCAUCUGCACUAAGUACAGUACAUAGUAACAUCACACAUUGGUAGAGGGCCAAAGUGUCAUCAUGUCACCAGUCUAAAAACUGGUUCAGUAACAGCUGAAACAAGCAGAAUAUGGAAGAUAAUUUAUGUGAUGGACUUCAUUGUCCCACAGUGCAAUGCACAAUGGAAAUGGAGGAGCUGUUUACUCUGAUAAUUGUUUUUAAAAAAUAUGGAUGUUGGUGCAGUGGCAUCUUGUAAAACAAAACAAAACAAAAAUAAAAAAACAAAAGGUAAAAAUGAAGUAAUAAUUCCAUUAAACGCGUUUGGUUUUUAAGUUUAAGAUUGACAGUGGCAUUCACAGUUUGAUUAAUGUGUGGAACACAUUUUGUAUCAUUUCUUCAUUAGUAAAAUACUUAUAAAACUUACAAACCUACAAAAUGGUACACUGUAUAUUAUGUAGUAUGCGAUAACAACAUGGGAAUUAUUCAAUUUUUCUCUUACUUUUGUGAUUCAAUGGUUGGAUUAAAAAUACCUCCAAAUCUGGUGUCGAAAAAAGCACAAAUAGUAAUUUUAGAAAGGCUCUUGACUUCAGCGACAUACUUUAAAAGCUGUAUUCCAAAUACACACUGUAUACUCAUUUUGUGUCUUAGUUGUGGUGCGUUCACUCAUGGAAGAUGACGAAAUGAAGUACACUUAAAAUCACAAGAAUCCAUACUAAAAUGGCUUGAUUGUUAAUGGACAACAAUUAUACAAGCUGAUACAUUUUUUCUUUAUGUGGACAUCAGCUGCAUUUUCGAAAAAACAAAACAAAAUAACAAGUAAAAAUAAAGUAAGAAAUCCUUGGAAAAACAUUUUUGAUCAGUCCAAUCUCAAACAGUUGGAGUGAUGUGUGGUACACACCUUGAAUUGUGUGUCAUUCGUACAAAUCAGUAAAAAUACCCCAGGUCUUGUGUACUAACUUAAAAAAUCAUACACUUCAUAGUAUGUAGUAUGGGAUGGGGCCACGUGAAAGAUUUUGACAGUGUUAGCAGGUAGGACUUUAGUUUGUUCAAUGGAAAAGCGAUCCUCCUGGUGACACUUUAGGAUGAUAAUAAUUCAUAGCAGCCAGUUUUCUGUUAUGCAAAUAUGAUUUCCCCCCCGCAGUCAUUAGAUCUAAUUUAUUUUGAAAUUUUAAUGCUCACUACAAGUUCAUGAUACAAGAAUAUUACAGCCAUGUGUGAUGAAGUUUUUAUAAAUGUUGAUUGCUGGAAAUGAGUCAUGAGAUAUUCUAUCAGCUAUGUCAAUUAACUUUCUUAGAAAAAAAAGGUGUUAUAAUGUGUAUUGACAACACUGUGUGUGAUGUUCAGUCCUUUCACCAUCACCAUUAACCUCCUCAUGAGGCUACCACUUUUGCUGGGUCUCAUAAAAGUCUGUGAACCUGAGGUCUGAGCAGGUGGAGUUAUACGUUACAUGUUUGCAAGGCCACAUAUGGGAGCAAAAGAUGAUCAGAGCAUGUAAUAAGCACCCUGUUGUGUCUUUUACAAAGAGCUUGGGUUUAUACCAUGUUGUGUUUAGGGUCAGUUGGUCUAGGCUCUUAUUGUUUAAAUAUUUAUGCCAGAAACAGGGACAUACCAUAAAUAUAAAAAUAUUCAUAUGUAUGGUCAUUAUGACGACUGAGUCAGUCUAUUCGCUAAUGUCCUACAACUCACAGAAUGCAAUGCUGUUUUGUGUUUCGGUUUUAUAAAGUUUUAAGUUCACCCCCAAACUGAUAUGCAGUAAUGUAAAUAUUACUGUAAGGAGUAAACUGUAAUGUAUAAGUACAUGGUGCAAGAAUAAUGUGUUGUUAGGACUGAAGCACAGUUGCACACAACUCCUACAAGUUUUUAGUGUAUUAUAGGUGGGAAAAUCUGACUUUUCCUGUACUGAUGUGCCACCACUGCACAUGUGCAGAACGUUGUCAAAAAAGUAUUACAAGCCAAAAUUUCUAAGCGCAUAUAUAUACGCCAUAUCUCUAAUAAUACAUUUCAAGAACACCAACACAACAGUAACUGUAUUUUAAAACUAAGACUUUGUCAUUGAUUGGAUUGAGUUUCAGUACAGAACAACAGUUGCGCACAGUAGCAAGAUUUACAAAACAUUAAGAAUAAUGUACUUUAGAGAACGAAUGAGGUCAGCGCAGUUUAACAAUGUAUUUGAAAUUGUUGUAAAAUCCCUCUCAAGUGGCAACCUCUUGUGUUUCAUGAGGAAUGAGAGAUGCCCUGUGAAAACGCCACCGUUUAGAGUGGCACUUGUUUCAGUAGCACAGCUAUUAUUUUCUACAAGUCAUUUAUACUGGUUCAAUCCACUGCAGAUAUUAUGUAGGGACUAAAAAGACAUUACAGUCUUGCAUGAUCUCAUUACAGUAAGUUUCUUUCAACAUAUUAAAACUUGUGUCCAUUUUUAAUUACUUUAUUUUACUGAAAUAAAAUAUGUAAUUACUAA